UUGUCACUUGUCGUUGUCAGGUUACAAUCUGUUAUGUACAUUUUAUACAAUAACUCAUCCGUUUUUCUUCAACGGAACUGUUUUACCAUUGCAGUAUGAACUGAACGGGGUGAAAUGGAGAGCGCGGAAUCCCUUAAGGAGUCCAUCGAGCUCUACAAAGCCCAGUUGGACCAGAUAAAGCAAGCCCUCACAUCUACUGAAUCUGAAGAAGAUAUCUCCAAACUCACCAGCCUGAAGAAUGACAUCGAAGAGCUUCUUCGAUUAACACAAGACAGCCUUGACACUCUUGAAAAUAAGAAGGAUGAUCCACUCAAUGAUGAAUAUGCCCUCUUCAAGGCAGAACUUGAAAGUCUUGAGGGAAAUUGUAAUGGUGACGCCAUCGAAGAGAAACCAAAAGUCGAAGAGGCACCCUGUAUCAAAGAUGAACUGUCAGAGCUUGUGGGUUCAAAAUGCCAAGCACCAUACACAAACAAGUUCGGAGUUGUUUCUUAUGGCAACGGUCUUGUAUUGAAUGUUGAGAUGACUGAAUCUGUUACCGAUUUGGAAAAUAUUAUGGUUCGCGUUAUGUUUACAAACCCAACUGAGAAAAACAUGGUGCCUUGUCCGUAUUUCCUCGACAACAAAUGCAACUAUGGUGAAGAGAAGUGCAAGUAUUCCCACGGUUAUUUGGUAUCCUUUGCCCAGCUUCGAGAAUACAAGGAGCCGGAUUUCACCAAGCUGAAACGAAAAUGCAGGGUUUUAGCAAAGAUAGGCAACUCAGACCUUUGGUUCCAAACAAUUAUUGAAAAUAUGUGUGACGACGAGUAUUGCUACAUUAAAUUUGGGAAAGAAUUAGUUAAAGUUCACAUGUCGAACAUUCUGCCUUUAAAUGAUUCUGAGGAUAGUGACAGCGAUCUUACUUCGGAUAGUGAAUUGGAUGAAAUCGAAGAAAAUCAAGCAGAUGAAAUUGAAGAAAAUCAAGCGUUUCGAUUAAACCAAGAGGCUAUGGUUGAAUUGAGCUUAAGUAGGACUGUCAAUCCUAAAAAACUCGGUGCAUGGGAGGCUCACACAAAGGGUAUAGGCUCCAAGUUAAUGCAAAAAAUGGGAUACAUUGUGGGUUGUGGUCUAGGAAAAAAUGGUGAGGGGAUCCUCAACCCCGUAGAAGCUCAGGUCCUACCUGCUGGGAAAUCAUUAGAUCAUGUUAUGAACCUAAAAGAACAGGCUGGAGGAUCAAAAGAUUUGUUUUCAGCAGAUAGGGUCCAAAGGAAACUUGCAGCCCAAGCUCUCCGCCGAUCCAAACGAGAAUAUCAUAGACAAAAAAAUUUGGAAAAACAUAACGUUUUCAAUAUAAUCAACAAUAAAUUGAACUUAGGUGCUGGACCGUCUAAGCAAAAGACUAAAAAGCCGAAAGUGAACAACCUUCAAUUGUCCACGAACCAAGAGUUGAACGUGGAAAGGUUCAAAAUAGCCGAGGAUAUACGUGAAUCACAAAAGCAGAUCUAUAUACUGAGCGAGUCGCUGACACGGCACAAGCCCGGCUCCGUUCCGCACAAUCAUAUCCGGGGGAAACUUGAAUCUGAGCAUAACAAGCUGGCCUCACUACAGACCUUUGAUAAUAAAGUUGAGCGUGAACAAAUACUAAGAGAAACUAAAAAGAAGAUGACAAUUUUUUGAACUUUUUUAUUUUUAAUUUAUAAAUAAUUUUCUUUCAUACUGCAACAGUUUAAUUUAUUGUAA